AUGUCCUCUUUACGCUACGUUCAGGGUAGCGGUCCCCACAUCGCCUCUCCCGGUGUUGCAUCCGGUUCAGACGACGACCACGUCACUGACUACAAUCUCUCCCCCAGCUUACAGACAAAGCCUCUCCCUACGGGUACCCACUUCUAUACUUGGCCAGCAGACUCGGAAGCGCCCCUCUCCUCUCCGCCCUCCUCAGCGAGCGGCCUGACGUUCUCCGACCCGGUGAUCGGCCCCGAGCACGAAGGUAACGAGCCCUACAACGAGAUACAAGACCUGAGCGACCAGAUCAAGCACUGGACCCUUGCCGACAAGAUCUUUGGCGACCUCCAGGACGAACCAGAUUUUCCUCGACUCUACGACACCUACGUUGUGCGCGAGAAUAUCAGCCCCGAAGAUUGGCAGGCCACGAAGAUUUACAUCGAGACGCACCCUCUGCUUCUACGCUGUGUAUCUUUUGUCUACGACCCCGAGAUGGGAAAACUCAAGGUCCACUCGCCGUCGGGCCUGCACCAAAGCGUAAACGAUUCAGUGCUCGGUCAGCUUUCCGGCAACAUCCAAGUCAAACGACCCCAAGCGAUCACCAUGGACCUCGAGCGCGGCCUCAUCACCGACAACGUAGCGCAUACGCCUGACAUCGUGGUGAGCGUCGUCACGCGCAAGCGCCUUCGUGAAGGCGACAUUUUCAUGUCGCGCGACGUGUCCGUCAACGAGACAUCCUUCACGCAAAGCGAGGACGACAUGCUUAGUCAGCUCCUCGUUGCCAUGAAGAAAGAACCCGACGCUGACCAGAGCCCUCUGCUCUUCACCGGCAUCGACAUUGAACGUCUGCCCUUCAUCGAUCCCGAUCCGAAUAGCCCAGACGCUGUGCCGGACGACGGCGGUUUCAUUCGCGGGGCCGGAGGUGCCAACGACAUCUUGUCGACUGGCUGGAAGCGAGGCGACCGCGUAAUCGUUCCGAGACUCAGGGCAAAAUGGUUUGUCUUCCUCCCGGAGGAUGAAGAGCAACUCGAGUACGGCCUAACCCAUCAUCACGAUUCUCACGACUGGACCGUGUGGGGUUUAGCUGUGCAAAUCCAAGAAGAGUACGAAGCGGGAUCGGAGGCUGAGCAGUCGCUGCAACAGGUGCUCCAUCGGUGGGUAAAGGCCACCAUCAGCAUACGCGAGGCAGCGCACAGCCAGAGGAUACGCGCGCUGCUCAGCGAGGCUGAUAAGACAUUGGCCGAUGACGUCAUCAAAGAAUUGGAAGGACUCCUCCUGAACCCCCCCGACUUCACUGAGCCUCCCGUUCCCAACCCCAUACCUUUCUUCAUAGAAGACAUCUGGGGCGGCGCUCGGCAGAAGGCCCACGACGAUGUGAGCCGCCACAUGUACCGCGCCGACAACAAUCGUAAACCGCGAACAAAGUCCAUGGAAAACGAGGAAUGCCUCCAAAUCCUCAACAGCCUCAAGCGCGUGAAGGCCCAUCAUGAGCAGGACGGGGACACCGACGUGCUCAAGAACUUUCGAAAGAGACAACGCAUAAACACUCCUCCGCGAAACCUGUCGCCCCCUCCCCCGCGUCGUGUACCAGGCCGCUUGAAGGCUGAAAAUUUUGUGGACGAGUCAACGGACGAUGAAGAACCGAAAGUGCGCAGCGGAGGCUCGGCGAGGUCGUUUGAGCUGCCGAGACCUCUCGCCGACACCAACAUUUACUCGCUGGCCACCGGUCGUACUCUGAGGAGCGAGGCGAAGAGGGAUUAG